AUGGCGAGCGACGGGCACGAUCGUCUGGAACCGCGACUGCUGCGAGCAGCUGAGAGCGACCAGGUCGAGGCUCUGCAACACGUCGUGGAAUUGGCCCGCGACAAUGGCCAGCUCAGCGACAACUUCCUGCGGAUCGGACUCAUGCGCAGCUGUGAGCGGGGAUCGAUCGCAGCGACUCAAUUCCUCCUUUCUCUCGGCGCAAAGACCGAUGUCGCAAAUAACCGUCCUUCACCGCUCCUACGCGCUGUCGAGCGCAAUCACGUUCGCAUCGUGCAGCUCCUACUGGAUUAUGGCGCGUCGCCGGAGAUAACGGAUAAGAAAGGCCGGACUGCAUUGAUGACGGCGGCAUGGAAAAAUCACUGGCAUGUGCUCCACCUUCUCAUAUCGCGUGGUGCAGACGUCAAUGCGAAGGACCAGAAGAAGAGAAAUGUCUUGCACAAUCUGGCCGCCGAUAAGCAAUGCGAUUGGGGCGAGGAUGUCAUCGAGCUUUUGCUGCGCACAAGCUGCAAGCUAGACGGAGUUCAAGGUCAAGAUGAUUUGGGUCGCACUCCAUUACAUUGGGCCUGCGCGACGGGGAAAUUACGCUUCGCAGAGAUGCUUCUUGCCCGACCCGAAGGGCCAAUCGCAGAUGUGAACGCAGUAGAUUUCAGAAACAAGACUUCCCUCCACAUUGCUGUCUCCCAUGGUCGCGAUGAUAUUGUUCAACUCUUACUCCGGCAUAAAGCAGAUAUCAAUGCGAGGAGUGAUGGAGGCUGGACGCCUCUUCACAAUGCCUGUGACAAAGGAGCUGAAUUGAUCGUGCGCAUAUUGUUGCGGGAAGGCGCCCAGAUCAACAGCCAAUUGUUGACUGGAAUCACUCCAUUGCAUCUGGCGGCGCAGGCAGGCCAUCGGGAAAUUGUUGAAUGUUUGAUGGAAUACAAAGACCUCAAAACGAGAAUCCGAGACAAUUUUGGCAGUACACCCUUCCUGCGAGCAGCCCAAUUCAAGCGUCGGGAUAUUGUGUCGCUCCUGGCGCCCUUUAACAAUGUCGAUGCGCUUACGCCGGAAGCAAAGGGGGCGUGCGAAGGCUUCGAGGCUACUGUUGUGGAUUUUGGAAAUUUCCACAACGAGAACCGGGUGAAGAAGACGUCCGUUUACAAUCUGCUCUAUGGGCGUGAUCCAGGAAAUCCGCGCAAACAAGCCUUUACCACGUUGCCAGCCGACAGUCGAGCGACCGACUUUCGCUGGAUCCAUCUGCCAGCUAAUAAUCUUACCUGGGUCGAAGCUUUGCUCACGAAAUCAUUCAUUGAGGAGGGAGCUCACGAUGUGGAGAGCUUUAAGGGGCUUGAAAGGUCGUUUCGAUAUCAACACCGCGGACAAAAAAUCCAUUCUCACUUUAUGCGACCAUUGUGCCAGAGUACACCUCGCGCAGCACGACUCCGAGAGGAAGAUAGCUCGGAAGAGAAGGAAAUGGUGUCUCCCCGGAUCUUGGUAAAUGGACAAUCUCUUGAAGCACCGAAGUCCCCAGGGGAGGGAGGCAGCCCGAGGGGCCGGAAACUAGGCGGCAAAGGUGACCGGUCAGAUACCAAUCUGCAGAACGAUAAUGGUCCCUCUGGGAAGAAGGGAAAGAACACUACGAAGCACAGCAAGAGCGGAGGAUUUAAAAAGCCAGAAUCCAGGAACCAAUCCGUUGUCGCCCAUGAGAGGCACCGGCCAGUGCUCUCACUGUGCAAGGAGCAAGCCCACACAACCUGCAAUGUGUGCAUGUUCAUGCCUUAUCUGCACUUUGAAACAGAUGAGCGAAGGAAGAAGAUGCAGGAAGCGAUUAAACGAGCUGAGACGCGCAACUUUGCUCACCCGGGUCUAACACGAACUCCUACAAGAGAUGAGCUUCUUAUCAGCGCGCACUUAGCGUCAUCCACCUCUUCGCUGCAUAUACGACGCACGUUAGAUCAAUUCUUCUACCCCAACAUCGACACGCAGACUCGGGACCAGGAUCAGGUUGUGUAUCGCUAUCAGACGAAGGGGCAAGGUAGCGAGCGCUCCUGGGCCGAGCCCAAAAUCUUCAUGGUCGACCAGCUGUGGAUGUGGAUUGUAGGAACGAACUUGAUUGUGACCAGUUUCCCUCAGCGGUGGGAUCAGCCUAAGAAUGACCCUCUCAAUGUUCUCGAUGGUAUCAUUGAAGACAUCAAUUCCAAGACUCGGGAACCCGUACGGUCCGUUUACGACCUGGCUAUCAUUAUCACCACCCGCUGCUCUGGCGUGUUCGACCGUCACCGCAUGGGGGAUGAGGAGUAUCAAUUCCUAGACAUGUUCGAGGCCUCGAUCGGUGUGGCCACGGACCGGGAGACCGUGCUUUUCAAUCGGUUCAACCGAGCAUCAGCGCAGGCAUCGGAUUGGCUAAAGAACCAUCGCAAGCUAAGUCGCUUUGCCAGGGAUCCGCUCACCAAGGGUGAGCCAGCCGAGAAAAGCUUUGAGCGAUUUCUGAAAGAAGAGGAGGAAGAGGAUGCGCAGCCCCUCUUUGUGGACAACUUGCUUGACAUCGGCCAAGAGACCGAGCUCCUUUCGGAGGCCAAGGAUAUUCGCGACGAACUCAACAUGAUCCGAACGGUCCUGCAACACCAGCAAAAUGUCCUUCUGGACUUUCAGGAGGCUAUCUGUGAGAUUUACUACGGACAGCAGCGGUCACAGCAUGAGGUCAAGAAGCGGUUCAAGGAACAGCAGCGCACGAUCGACAUGCACCUGAAGGAUAUUGACCGGAUGGACAAACAAGCCGAACGAAUCUAUUCUUCCAUUACAGACCUGCUGGAUCUCAAGCAAAAACAUGCCAACGCGUUCGAGGCACGGUUCGCCCGCGAUCAAGCGGCCGGAACGACGCGCCAGGGAAAGAUCAUGAUGGUUUUCACAAUUGUCACGAUCAUUUUCCUCCCACUGUCUUUUAUCACGUCUGUCUUCGCGAUCAACAUGGCCGAGUUCGAAGGGGCAAACGAGCUGCAUUUGCCGUAUGUGGCCAAGUACACGUUUGGCAUUGGCUUUGCCAUCUCUAUUCCCCUGAUCUUGGUUGCACUGUCUGUCGAUGACAUUGGAGACGUCUGUCAGGAAGGCACACGGCGAAUGCGCCGAUGGAUGUCGCAGAAACGAGCUGCUGCAUCUCCUGCUGGUAUGCAGGACAAUACUAGACCGACGGCGUUUGAGAUCGAGAAGAUUCUCAGUGCUCGUCGGUCUCGGAAGAGUGUUGAAAUGGACACGGACUUUGCGGGAAGCUUGCUUCCUGUGUCGACGCGAGGGACUACUCGGACUAUGCUGUCCCGUGGAUGA